AUGGAGCAUUCAAUGAGUGAGAAAUCUUGUCAAUUGUGUGCAGUUGGAAAGCUUACUUUUGAACCGCCACCAAUAUACUGUACACCCUGUGGUGCUCGCGUUAAGCGGAAUGCAAUGUAUUAUACCAUGGGAACUGGUGAUACACGGCACUAUUUCUGUAUUCCAUGCUAUAAGGAGGCUAGUGGGGACACCAUUGUUGCUGAUGGGACUGCUAUUUCAAAGGCAAGACUCGAGAAGAAGAAAAAUGACGAGGAGACUGAAGAAAGGUGGGUUCAAUGUGACAAAUGUGAAGCUUGGCAACACCAAAUUUGUGCAUUAUUUAAUGGCACAAAGAAUGAUGGUGGGCAAGCUAAAUAUACUUGCUCUAAUUGCUUCAUAACGGAGGUUGAAAGAGGAGAACGCAAGACCUUACCGCAAAGCGUUCUGGGGGCUAAAGACCUGCCUAGAACAAUACUCAGUGAUCAUAUCGAGCAGAGGCUGUUUAGGAAACUGAAGCAGGAAAGACAGGAGAGGGCCAGGAUGCAAGGGAAAAGUUUUGAUGAUAAUAUUGAAGGUGUUGAGGUAUGCCUAUUUGGCAUGUAUGUUCAAGAAUUCGGAUCAGAAGCUCACUUUCCAAAUCAGCGUCGUGUCUAUCUCUCUUAUUUGGAUUCUGUGAAUUACUUCAGACCUGAGAUUAAAGCAGUGACUGGAGAGGCUCUAUGUACAUUUGUUUACCAUGAAAUUUUGAUUGGAUACAUUGAAUACUGCAAGAAAAGGGGUUUUACAAGCUGCUAUAUAUGGGCUUGCCCUCCAUUAAAGGGUGAGGAGAAUAUAUUGUAUUGCCAUCCAGAAAUCCAGAAAAUGCCAAAAUCUGAUAAACACCGGGAAUGGUAUUUAGUGAUGUUACGAAAAGCUGCCAAGGAAAAUGUUGUUGUUGACCUCACUAAUUUGUAUGACCAUUUCUUCAUAUCUACUGUUGAAUGCAAGGCAAAGGUCACAGCAGCUAGGCUGCCCUACUUUGAAGGGGAUUAUUGGCCUGGUGCUGCUGAGGAUUUAAUCCAUCAACUUGAUCAAGAAGAAGAUGGGAGAAAACAAAAAAAGAAGGGAUCUACCAAAAAGACCAUAACAAAAAGGGCUCUAAAAGCAUCUGGCCAGGCAGAUCUUUCUGGUAACGCAUCAAAGGAUCUGCGACUGAUGCUUAAAGCAUCUGCUGGGUUUGCAACCAGUGCAAAGACUUUCAGAUUUGUGAUAAGUAAGAAUCUUCAAUCUUUACCUGCAUUACUGUCUGGUGGAAUUUUUAUGUGUUAUGAAGUAGAACAGAAAUGUGAAGAAAGAGAGCAACAUCCCAUCAAACUAAGAGAAAAACAUGCGUUCUAUCCUGUUGAAAUUGCUGAUGUACCUGCUGACACAAAGGAUAAAGAUGAAAUUCGUGAGAGUGAAUUUUUUGACACAAGACAGGCUUUUUUGAAUCUUUGUCAAGAAAGCUAUUAUCAAUUUGACACUUUACGCCGGGCUAAACAUUCCUCAAUGAUGGUCCUUUACCAUCUCCAUAAUCCAACUGCUCUUGCACUCAUGACAACAUGCAAUAUAUGUCAUCUUGACGUCGAAACUGGUCAAGGCUGGCGUUGUGAGGUUUGCCCUUAUUAUGAUGUAUGCAAUUCUUGUUAUCAAAAGGAUGGGGGUAUGGAUCAUCCUCAUAAGUUGACAAAUCAUCCAUGCCUUGCCGAGCGUGAUGUGCAGAACAAGGAAGCUAGGCAAUUGAGGGCUGUGCAGAUAUUGCCUGAUUGUCAUGUAUGCAAUUCUUGUUAUCAAAAGGACGGGGCUGAGCACGAUGCGCAGAACAAGGAAGCUAGGCAGUCGAGGGUUGUGCAGUAUGGGGGUAUGGUUCAUCCUCAUAAGUUGACAAAUCAUCUGUCCCAGGCUGAGCGCAAUGCACAGAACAAGGAAGCUAGGAAAUCAUGGUUUCUGAAGCGAAGGGAAAUGCUUGAUCUUGUGGUGCAUGCAUCACAAUGCCGUUAUACCCUUUGCAAAUACUCUUCUUGCCGUAAGAUGAAAGGUGUUUUCCAGCAUGGGAUGCUAUGCAAAACUCGUGCAUCUGGAGGCUGUAUUCUGUGUAAAAAGAUGUGGUAUCUCCUUCAACUUCAUGCUCGUUCAUGCAAAGAAUCAGAAUGCUAUGUUCCACACUGCAGGGAUUUGAGAGCAUUUUUGUGUAGACAUCAUCAGCAGUCGGAUUCACGACGAAGGGCUGCUGUGAUCAAGAUGAUGAGGCAGAGAGCUGCCAAGAUUGCUGGCAAUUCUGGGUAA